AUGGUCUCAAACAGCCAGAUCAUGGAUAAUCAGCGACAACAAUAUAUCCCUGGACCACCGCCACCUCCCGGCCAGGGCGUCAUGAACCAUCUUCCACCACCUCCUCCUCGACCGCAUCCACAAUCUACCCUACCUCCUCCCCCGCCUGGACCACAUCCUUCGGCGAUGCCGUUAGGGACGGUCUAUGGAAUACCGGGGGCGGGAUGGCAACAGCCAUGGGGAAGAUCUGGAAUGGGACAACACAUACCCCCGCCGCCACCAAUGUCGCAGAAUCAGAACCUAUCUUAUGGCAUGCGGCAGCCUUCUCAUCUGAAUAUCCCGCCUCCGCCGCCAACACAGAACGACAAGCCCAUUCUCUCCGCAACCUUUAUUCCCACUGGCGACUCGUUUGGUCCUGGAGUAGGCAUUCCACCACUCGACGAUUUCUCAUCUUUCUCAGGAUAUGACAUGCAACUGCCCCCAAACGAACCACUUCUUUCGAGAUCCGAGCAGAAAUUCUCCGACAGCGCGACUGCAUCGCAUAGUUAUUCCUACCCAAAUCCAAAUCAGCCGAAUCCUGAUAUCUCGAACAGAGAGAUCCGCGCUUCCUCCGCUUCCUCUAGCAGGCCUUCUUUUCCACUCCCUCUCCGCGACGUCAAUGGAAAUAUCUCCCCAGGACCUCCUACGGCUACAUUGCACAGCUCUCAGAAUACCAGUGAUCACAACCGGCAGAGGGCCUACAGCGCUGCCAUCGCUACGGGCGGGGCAAGUGAAUUGUCAUUGCAAUGGCCGUUGGAAAGAGUCCUUGUGUGGCUUGCAGCAAACGGGUUUUCGAAGGACUGGCAAGAAACCUUUCGUCUGCUCAAGCUACAAGGUUCAGACUUCUUGGAUCUUGGCCGUGGGCCCAACGGUCGCGGCAAUCUGGGCAUGAUGCACCAAACGAUAUAUCCACAGCUCGCCAAAGUCUGUUCCAAUAGCAACACCGGCUGGGAUCAAGGUCGCGAGCGUGAGGAGGGCAAGCGGUUGCGUAAGCUCAUUUCCAGGUUGGUAGAGCAGGGCGGAGAAGGGCCGGCCAGUGCUGGAAUGGGCCAUCGGAGACGUGAAUCGGGCAUCAUGACAAGUGCUUCUACAGAGGGUACACUGGAGAACUCGCCUCAUUUACACCGAGCAGAAUUCAGCAGCACGCCUGCGACUGCUGGGCCAGAGGGCAGUCCAGGAAAACAGAUGCCAGCCCAAUUUCCUCCCGGGUUAGGACCACGGAACUCGCAAGGUCGGAGCAGUACGAUGCCCAUCUUCCCCAAGCACAACAGUAAUUCUUCAACUCCGAGCGAUGGCAAGCCUCCGGAGAGCCUCCUUGGUGCUAGUCGUGCGGACUACACAAGAGGCGUUUUCGCUGGCAUCAACAACCGAGGUCGACACAGUCCCAAUCUCUCUGGAGAUGGUUCCGCUGGUCUUCUGCCAAAAGGCUUUGAGGUGUCUCCCAACGCCAGCCCAGGUCUUGGUAGCGCGGUACCUGUCUCAGCUACCAGUGUGUCUUCACAAGGGUAUCGGCCUGAGCACAGCAAAAGCAACAGCACUGAUUCAAUGCAAAAAAUAGCAGGCCAGUCGCGACCCGGUACCAACGCACCAGGUCAAGCGGAGCCGGGCAGAAGUGGGCCUGGUAAUACUGAUGCUGCCACCUCCGGACGUUUCUACGAGAGCCGACGUGACGCGCAAGAAGUUACUAGACCUUCACCGCUCGAGGCGCACCGGACAUGGAGCAAUGAGUAUGCUCCUGGGCCCGGUGGAAAAGACCAGAGCAAAGGAUUUCUGAGUAAGUUCAUGAGGAAACGACAUGAACAUAGCCAACCUCCUCCGGAAGACCAUGCGCUAGAAUCCCCAACAAGCCCAGGCGGAUUUCGCCUCUUUGCGAAGCCAAAUGGCAAUGGAAGCGACUCGGCACUGUACCAGCGUCCGGGCUCUGCAAGUAUUGGCAGUGAGGAGGAGAGGAUGCCAUAUCCUAUGCGCCGGGCCAAUAGCGUCUCUCGAAGGUUCAUCUUUGUCACCCCCGACAGCUGGAAUUACAGGCUCGUCGAUGUCACAGAAGUAGAAACAGCUGUUGCGCUGCGCAGUCUUAUCUGUAUUGAACUGGGUAUCCCGGAUGCCGAAUAUGCACAAAUAUACAUGACCGAACCUGGGCAGACAGACCACGAAAACCCGCUUCCGGACAACCUGCUGGUAGCUGCUCGUGGCCGUGCAGACAAUUCAGGGACUUUGAAACUGUUUGUGCAGAGCCCGACCCUGUCAGCUGUUACAGGGCCAAGCUCGUCCGGAUUGGGAGUGUCAUUCAGCCAGAGGUCACAGAAUGACACCGCCUCACGAAGCGCACCUAUGAUCAAAUCCAACUCAGCUGGUGGCCUCAACCGAAAUGGGUACCCUCAGAAUUCAAGUCCUGUGCUAGAAUCUCCCCACACAGAUGCAGAUCUGCUGCAAAAACGAGCGGAGGAAUACCGACAGCAGACUGACGCGAAGCACAAGGCAUAUCUGGAGGCCCGACGGGUACAGAAAGACCAAAAUUCGACAUACAGUGGUAGUGGUAUUCGUGGGAGCACUGUGAUAGACUUCGACACCCCACGACUCUCGCCGUUCGAGGAGAAGAAAGCUGAGCCGCUUAUACCUGUGCGGCGGCCUCCUACAGCACCAUCGGAAUCCACAACAUUGACAAAGGUCAACUCCUUAAGAGCCAGGAAUUCCGGAACUAGAUCUUCCCUGGAUGCCUUGGCUCGUAUUUCCGACCCUAUUGCUGAAGAGGAUGCCCAACGGAUCAGGAAUAAAUCCAGCUCUUCUGCAAUCGCUGCCGGUGGGAUCGGCGCCGCGCUAGCAAAUGUUGGCAAAAUGGCAGGCGCGCCAGCUACUCGUGGUAGUCAGGGAGUGCCGCAAAGCAUGAGCAGAACUAGGCAAGAAUCAGAUUCUGGUCGAGGGGAAAUGCAUCCAGGCUAUGAUGGAUUUCAAUCCAGCCGAGGACGUACCGCCACAUUUGACGGUACGCACCGAGUCCGGGCUUCUCCAGAUAUAAGUCCUUCAGAUGACGCACCUCGGCCGGGUCUGCAGUCGAGAAAGUCAUAUGGGCCGGACCUGGAGUUCAAAGAGACCAACGUAUCUUUUGCUCCAUCGCCCAACCCUAUGCAACAGGAUGAAUCCGGUGAUGACGACUCUGACGACGGCUUGUUUGCGAUUCCUUUGACUAGCAAGUCGUUACCAAAGAGUGAUGCUCAGGCAGUUGCGAAUAAGGACCAGCGGCCAGCCCUGACUGUUGACACUGACCAGCACACCGGGAAAAAUGUACGAUUUAAGUCUCCGGGCUCAUCUGGUGGUAAUCAGAUGAGCCAACCUGGUGCAGACGACAGCGCCACAGCUAGCGGCGACGGGUUUGAGCGUAGCAUGUCCGACGGCAGCUUCAGCGGCUCAGCACAAUCACCAGAUGACAGGAUGGGCCGAAGAGAUUCGUUUAUUAGUGAUAUUUGGGCCAAUCGUCCAGCAAUCGAGAAUGUCGUCCAUCAUCUCGACGAAUUCUUUCCUGGUGUCGAUCUCGACAAACCUUAUCUUGAGGAAAAAGGUGAUAACAGCUCUCCGCUGAAAUCUGCAGAGCAGAAUCCACUCGAGAAAUCCCAGCCUGCAAGCACCAUUCAUGGCACAACAGGCUUAGACCUGGAGUUCAAUCGCAAGAGCGAAUCCGAUACUCUUGGAUCUGAUGAAUCCACACUCAAGGCUCGAGACCGAGAAAGAGUGGCCACCGUCGCCCAGCGACAAGUUGGAAAAGCCUCAGGUGGUAUUACACGCAUGAAAUCAAUUCGUGAAGUGGCCCAAAAGCGUAACGACAUCAAAAGAGGACCGUCGGUGGCCGUGAGAGUAGAGCAAGCCAAUCCAAGCGGGAUCGUGCGACGAAAGAGCACAAAAAUGUUCGGAGCAAAUAUCGUCCAGAUCAAGCCGAAGCCAGGCAACCGAUUGUCGACAUUGGACCCAAUACCGCAGGAAGAAGUGCCUUCCGAAGAUAUGCCAAAGCGACAGGCAACCUUCAAGAUCAUUCGUGGUCAACUCAUUGGAAAGGGUACCUAUGGUCGUGUCUAUCUCGGCAUGAACGCAACAACUGGUGAGUUCCUGGCGGUCAAACAGGUCGAAGUCAACCAGAAAGCGGCAGGGCAUGACAAGGAUCGCAUCAAAGAAAUGGUCGCUGCUCUGGAUCAGGAGAUUGACACUAUGAAAGAUCUUGAACAUCCGAACAUUGUGCAAUAUCUCGGUUUCGAGCGCAAAGAAUUCGCAGUCAGCAUUUAUCUCGAAUAUAUUCCUGGUGGUUCUGUGGGCAGCUGUCUACGCAAACAUGGGAAGUUCGAAGAAUCCGUGGUCCGCUCACUCACACGACAAACUCUCGAAGGUCUAGCAUAUCUCCACCGCGAAGGCAUUCUUCACCGGGAUCUGAAAGCCGACAACAUUUUGCUCGACCUUGAUGGGACAUGCAAGAUUUCAGAUUUCGGUAUCUCGAAAAAAUCCGACAACAUCUAUGGCAACGACGUCACCAACAGCAUGCAAGGAUCCGUCUUCUGGAUGGCCCCUGAAGUUGUGCGAUCUCAAGGACAGGGAUACAGUGCUAAAGUCGACAUUUGGUCACUUGGCUGUGUGGUCCUAGAGAUGUUUGCUGGGAAAAGACCUUGGAGUCGAGAAGAAGCCAUCGGAGCCAUUUUCAAGCUGGGCAGUCUGAGUCAGGCACCUCCAAUUCCAGAAGACGUACAAUCAACUGCCACGGUGGACGGUCUAAACUUCAUGUACGACUGUUUCCAAGUGAAUCCAAACGACCGGCCCACUGCGCAAAUAUUGCUUCGACACUCUUCGUUCUGCAUUCCGGAUCCCUAUUACAACUUCUACGACACCACACUGGCAGCCAAGCUGAGAAGUGCUGGAACUGCUCUAGCUGGGUAG